GAACCCUGUGAACUCUGUUACGAGAACCCUGUGAACACUUUGUUACGAGAACUCUGUGAACACUUUGUUACGAGAACCCUGUGAACACUUUGUUAUGAGAACCCUGUGAACACUUUGUUAUGAGAACCCUGUGAACACUUUGUUACAAGAACCCUGUGAACACUUUGUUAUGAGAACCCUGUGAACACUUUGUUACGAGAACCCUGUGAACUCUGUUACGAGAACCCUGUGAACACUUUGUUAUGAGAACCCUGUGAACACUUUGUUAUGAGAACCAUGUGAACACUUUGUUACGAGAACCCUGUGAACACUUUGUUACGAGAACCCUGUGAACUCUGUUACGAGAACCCUGUGAACACUUUGUUACGAGAACCCUGUGAACACUUUGUUAUGAGAACCAUGUGAACACUUUGUUACGAGAACCAUGUGAACACUUUGUUACGAGAACCCUGUGAACACUUUGUUAUGAGAACCAUGUGAACACUUUGUUAUGAGAACCAUGUAAACAUGUGAACACCGUUUUGCAUACAACGCCUCUUCGCAAAACCAUACUGCCGCCGUGAGACAAAAUGGGAUUCCCCGAAGACGAACACACAAAGACUAUCAGGAGAGGACUUAGCGGCCUACUCAAUAAUGAGAAAUUCUCAGACGUCAUCGUUACAGUUGCAGGCCGAGAGUUCAAAUGCCACAAAUUCAUUUUGUCUUUGUUCUCGUGUUAUUUCGAAGCCAUGUUCACAUCCGGGAUGCGAGAAAGUAUUGAGAAUCGGGUGAAUCUGCCGGAUGUGAACGCGGAUGUGUUCUACAGGAUCCUUCUGUUCAUGUACCAGUGUGAGGACAUUGUGGACAUGGACACCGCCCAGGACGUCCUCCUGGUGGCGUCCCGUCUCCAGAUCAAGUGUCUCCAGGACUACUGUGAGAAGUUCCUGUCGAAGAAGAUCGGCGUCAACAACUGCAUCUCGCUGUGGAGGAUGUCCAAGAUGCAUAACUUCCAGAAAAUGAACACCACAGCUUUCGAAACUAUUUGCAGAUCAUUCCAGGAGCUGGUGUCAUCGGAAUCCUUUAAUGACUUGACGCCCGAUGAGUUGAAGAUCAUUAUCGAAAGUGACCAGCUCAUCAUCUGUGGAGAGGAGGCCGUGGCAGACGCUGUGUUGAGCUGGGUCGAGGCAGACCACGGCAACAACAAAUGGCGGAAAACUCAGCUGUCGUAUUUGUUGGAAGUUGUUCGACUGCCCCUCACAACCCCUGAGUACCUUCGACACAAAGUGGAACAGAAUGACCUUGUCCGCAAGAGUAAGGAAGCUCAAGAUCUUGUCGAAGAAGCAAAGAAUUUCCAAAUGAUGCCUGCCAGACGACAAGAUUUUAGCAGUCCUCGGACGACACCACGGAAGUCUGCCGAUACGGAAGAGGUUGUGUUUAUCAUAGGUGGUGCGACGGAUCGUGUGAACGAGAACCAGACCAGUGUCUACUGUUAUAGUUUUACGUGUGACGAGUGGUACAGUUUGACUAACCUGCCGUGUGACAUCGGGAAAGGUUCCGCAGCAUGUGUACAUGGAUCCAGCCUCUUUCUCACCGGCGGGUCCAAAAAUGUGAAAGUGAUGUAUCGAUAUGAGAAAAGUCGUUGGAUCAAAGGAGAAGCCAUGCCUCAUGGGCGCUGGCAUCAUGUCACUGUUGCCGUGGGUGACCGGUUGUACAAUAUCGGAGGAAUGAAGGACUCGCUGGACUCGGAGAGUGAUCUUGUGGCUUGUAUUGAUGAGUACCAUAUUUCAGGGGAACGAUGGCACCAGGCUGGUACUCUGGCAGUCCCCGUACACCAGGCUGGAAUGGCCGUACUUCAUGAAAAGAUCUUCUGUUUCGGAGGACUGGACAAAGAUGGAAACUUCAGUAGUGUGAUUCAGUACUUCGAUGUGUCCAAGAAAACCGCUUGUCAAGUCGGUUACCUCCCCUCUCCCCUCAGUGAACACUUGAAGGCUGUGACUAUUGACGACGACGUGUACGUCAUAUCCAGCCAAUCAGAGGGCCUACAGCUGUUCAAACUGGACAAUAGCAGCAUGGACGUGUGUAAUCUGGUCCACGUGAACCUCAUCCAGACAAUCAAUCUCCCCGAGCUGACCCACUUCAGUGUCUUCCAGCAUGAGGGGAACGUGUACAUGGUGGGGGGGUACGAAGAUGGGGAGGGGGACAAGUACCAGUGACGAUAUUAGGACAAUGUCCGAUUCAAUACAUAUCAUCCGUUUUCCUGACUCUACAAACUCUGGCUUCACUAUGGACUCAAUGCCGAUGCCGUCAAAGAAGGCGGAAGUGGCGCUAGCCAAGAUGCAUCUCAGCAAAAAAUACCUCAAGAGUCGGAUCAGUGUCACCCGAGACAAACAGAUAUAGACUGGCUGUGACUACACAUUGGCAAUCUAUGUUGGACAUUCAUGUUUCAAUGUAUCAAGUGCUACAUUCACCUUUUGUACAAGAUAACCCAAUAAUGUCAGUGUUUUAUUGUUGUUUAAUAACAUAGCAGUUUUCAUUUCUGUAACUUCUUAAUUCACUAGUUUUAAUUAUGCACAGUUGGUUAUAAAACCUGUUUAUGAUAUGUUAUAACAGUAACCUUUAUCUGUCAGAUUUCAUGACAUGCACUUGGUGACAAGCAGAGUGGCUCAAAUCAUGUAGCAGUGCAGAGUAAUGCCCCUUGGUUGUAGAAGGAUCUGUUGGUUAUAAAAACAUGUUUAUGAUAUGUUAUAACAGUAACCUUUAUCUGUCAGAUUUCAUGACAUGCACUUGGUGACAAGCUGAGUAGCUCAAAUCAUGUAACAGUGCAGAGUAAUGGCCCUUGGUUGUAGAAGGAUCUGUUGGUUAUAAAAAACUGUUUAUGAUAUGUUAUAACAGUAAGUUUAUGUCAGAUUUCAUGACAUGCACUUGGUGAUAAGCUAAGUGGCUCAAUUCAUGUAACCCAGGCUACCAUGAUUCUAAUCUUUGGUUUGUAAGCAUUAUAUCCAGAUUCACUAAAGUGGUGACAUCUGAAAAAUCCCCGUACAUAAGUUUUUGGUUUCCCUCACUCCCUCACUGUGACCAAUCUCAAAUACUGUUCAUAGCGAGUAAAAUGUGACUCACUGAACCAUGACGUGGAAUCAGGGGCCGCGUGCCUGAGGGGAUUGUUGAGAUUUGUCGAUACAGAAUCAGAAUGGGAGGAAUCCAUUGUUUUAAUUUGUUUAAUUAUGUUUUAUUAUAAUUUUAGUGAGUGAGUUGGGUUUAAAGCCCCUUUUAGCAAUAUUUUAGCAACAUGAUGGGGGGAAGGCGGGGAGGGUUGUGGCACCAGAAAUGGGGGUUCAGAUUGUAUCCACAUGGUUAUAAUAUUAGGGGUGUUACACUGUUUUGACUGGUUCCCUUUGAUCUUCAUGUGUGAUUAAUACAAUGACAUUCAGAAUUCAUUCUGACAGUGUCACCUAUGUCCAUCUUAGCACAGAAUUUCUCUUGCUUGUGACAGUAGUUUGAUUGGAAAUCUGUUUUUUGGCAUCAUGCUUUUCAAAUGAAAGUCAGAGUGUAUUUGUUGUGUAUGAAUAGUACAGGGCCCCAAUCCAGAAAGCGAUCGUAAAGUUACGACUGUCGUUAGUAUAUGUUAAUGUAUGAGAGUUCCAAUCACCCUAGGUGAGUGAGUGAGUGAGUUUGGUUUUAUGCCGUUUUUAGCAAUAUUCCAGCAAUAUCACUGUAGGGAACACCAGAAAUGGGCUACACAUUUUGUACCCAUGUGGGGAAUAUAAACCGGGUCUUCGGCGUGACAAGCGAACACCCUAACUACUAGGCUACCCCACCGCCCCACGAUCACCUUAGGGCUGGGAUCACUUUGAGGAAUGGGUCCAGGGUGCCGAUCCACAAAGCUUUCGUAACGUUACGACUCAUCUAUCUCGAUAGUUUACCAUAGGCUUAAGACUGUUGUAGCGUUACGAAGGCUUUGUUGAUCGGGAACCAGGAUAUUUAAUAUAAUACACUGGAUUAAUGAAGAUGUGCAUAAUGAUGUUAUUAGAUCUUAUGUUUAUUAUUGACCCGUGAAGAUCCGUGUUAGUAUUGAUCUUUAGUAACCCAUGCUUGUCGUAAGCGGCGACUAACGG